UAAUAAAAGUAUAAGUACAACACAAUGAAUCCAUAAGAAUAAUAGUUUUAUAGUACCGAACAUAAAGCCCAUUUACUAAUGAAGCCCAAUAACCAGCUAGGGCUUUACACCUCACUAACCUCCCUCUUUCUCCCUCUUAUAUCGCCGUCUGAACCUCCCUCCCUCUCUCUCUAAACUAGGGUCGCAGCUAGGGUUUUACACAGUUCACGCUUCACCCCACAAAAUGAAGACGAUCCUCUCCUCCGACACCAUGGACAUUCCCGACGGCAUCAAGAUCAAGGUCAAGGCCAAGGUGAUCGAAGUCGAGGGGCCCAGGGGCACGCUCUCGAAGAAUUUCAAGCAUCUGAAUCUCGAUUUCCAGCUCAUCACCGAUGAGGAGACCGGGAAGAAGAAGCUGAAGAUCGAUGCCUGGUUCGGCAGCCGGAAAACCACCGCCUCCAUCCGCACGGCGCUCAGCCACGUCAACAACCUAAUCAACGGUGUUACCAAGGGAUACCGCUACAAGAUGAGAUUCGUGUAUGCUCAUUUCCCUAUUAACGCCUCCAUCACUAACAACGGAACCGCCAUUGAGAUCCGAAACUUUCUCGGGGAGAAGAAGGUGAGGAAGGUUGAUAUGCUUGAGGGAGUGUCGAUUGUGCGAUCUGAGAAGGUCAAGGAUGAGUUGGUGUUGGAGGGGAAUGACAUUGAGCUUGUUUCUAGGUCUUGUGCCUUGAUAAACCAGAAAUGCCAUGUCAAGAACAAGGAUAUCAGGAAGUUCCUUGACGGUAUCUAUGUCAGUGAGAAGGGAGCCAUUGCUGUUGAGGAAUGAAGUUAGAAAUUUAUGUUUUAAUCAGUUAUUCGAAUUUUCUUUGUCUUGUUUGCCUGCUGACUUCUUAUGAGACUUGUAUAAAGAUGAAUCUGCAAAUUUUGUGCUGUCACAGAUUGAGUGUAUUCUUCUUGUUUUAUGGUAUUCUAGAUUUAUGCCAAAA